CAACGUAAAUAAAAGCACAAUGUUCGUGUUGUUGAGAGCAUGCCGAAACUAACCUUGGGCCGAAAACGGAACUUAUGAUAUGGGCGCAUGGUCAGCGGAGUUUGGUUUCCGUCUAGGGUUUUCCUCAUUCCACGCCAAGCAGCGAGCGAUUCACGAUGCGGCGCUGCCUCAUUCGUUUAGCUGCCGUAGUGCUGCUGAGCGCGGUGGUCUUAGUCGAAGAGAAUGAAUCGGCGCCAAUGUUCGACCAGGAAAGUGCUCAUUUUAGAGCACAACAGAAGUCGUGCAGCAAUCUCUGUGGAUACUGCCCGUCGUGUAAUGGAUUCUAUUGCGGAGAAGAGUGUAUCUGCGAGUGUCAACAAAACAGCGGUGACCAUGCCCAUUGCAUCAGCAAAAUAAGGGAAACCAGCGACAAGCUUGGAUUGGUCUACGAUGUUCUGAUCCAGCUGCCGAAGAAUAUCACAACCCGUUUCGCACGUAGUGCCUCUCUGUACGAUAGGAUGCAUCCCCACCAGGCGGACACAUUACGAAAGGUACUGAUUGACCCGCAGGGGCUUCACGCAGCGAAAAGUGAUUUUAAAUACAGUACUGAUAAACAUUCGAUAGGUGAUGGAUUUGAUACAGCUUCCCAUUCGAAUGGUGAAGAUGUCACCCGCCCUAGGAAUGCGAAACAGUCGUCGCCACUGAGAAGUGGGACUGCUUUCGAGGUAGAAUUGGAAUUCGGCAGAAGCUGAUUUGUCAUGUGGGGGUGGAAACGGAAUUAUAUUUUUUUAUGUUUUCUUUUUGAACGAGAAUUUGCAGACUGAAGAAUAUUUUAAAUUUAGCCACAAUAUUAAGCAAUGAUGAAAUUAUCAAUAAAAAUGUUUCAAUA